GGAGGCAGAGGAGAGGAGUUUCGCUGGGCUGCUGUGUCUGUUCAGAGCUCAGUCCUGCUUCCUUGAAGACGCAACAAAGCCCCUACAAAAGGGGAGAGAAGCACAGCAUAGGAAAUGCAGAGAUUUGUUUCUGGCUCUGACUCUCAUUAGCUGCAACCUGGCUGCUAGAGAAAGUUGAGCACCGCUGAACUGGUCUCAUGGCUACACAGAGACAGGGCAGACUUGUCCCAGCCUCGGCCCUUCCAGAUUUGGCUUUUCUUUUUUGCCAGGGAGCAACUAAAAAUUGGGGAGAGAGCGCGGGGCAGUUAAACCAGACUCUUUAAAAGGGAAUGGAAUGGCAGGGCCCCGAAGAUCGCAGUGUAGAGAUGGAUAAGACUUGCUGAAGCCAGCGAGGAGGAUAUGACCUGUACCAGUGAUUUUUCUCUCAGGAUCAGGACUGUGAAAGCUCAUCAGUAUCACAGAGCAUCCUGCAAGGCAGUGGAGGCUCACAUUAAAUUUCCUAUCGACUAUCCAUACUCACCACCUACCUUCAGAUUCCUGACCAAAAUGUGGCACCCCAACAUCUAUGAGAAUGGAGACGUAUGUAUUUCAAUUCUUCACCCACCGGUAGAUGACCCACAGAGUGGAGAACUGCCCUCCGAAAGGUGGAAUCCCACCCAGAACGUCAGGACUAUCCUGCUGAGCGUAAUCUCCCUGCUUAACGAGCCCAACACCUUCUCUCCAGCCAACGUGGACGCGUCCGUCAUGUUCAGGAAAUGGAGGGACAGCAAAGGGAAGGACAAGGAGUACGCAGAAAUCAUUAGGAAACAGGUGUUGGCCACCAAGGCGGAGGCAGAGAAGGAUGGCGUGAAGGUCCCCACGACGCUGGCAGAGUACUGCAUCAAAACUAAAGUGCCUUCCAACGACAACAGCUCGGAUCUGCUCUACGACGACUUGUACGACGACGACAUCGACGACGAGGACGAAGAGGAAGAAGACGCCGACUGUUACGACGACGACGACUCCGGCAACGAGGAGUCGUGACCUGCUCCCUCCGUGCCCCUGUACUGCCCUGUCCACUCAGGCCAGAAGGGAGCAGCGGGAACCUUGCAGCAGUCCAGCAAAAAAAAACAAAAAAAAAAAGAAAAAAAAAGAAAUACAUUGCGGGGGGAAUUGAGAAACUUUGUCUCCUGCUGUCUCCUGGCGUCUGGAUCUGUUGGCUCCUUUUUUUUAUGGACCUCGUAGAGACCCUCCGCAGAGUGUCCAAGUCCGCAUCCUUAGCCCCAGCAUCACUGUCUUAUGAUUUUUUUUCUUUAAAAAAACAAAAAACAAACAAAACCCCCCCCUCCCCUUCUCUACGAACCAUUGACGGCGACAGACAGGUUUGCUCUGCGUUUAGGUCCUUGAAUUAAACAGUCUUGCCUUGAGAUGUUUCAUGUAUUUAAAGCUGGAACGAGCCGGUUGGAAGCUGGGCCUUGGGGAGUUCGCAAGCGGUGCGUUGCCCAGGAAGGGGGAACCAGCGAUGAAACCCCAAAAGCAAAGGCAAAAGCAACCAACCCACGCGAAGUAAAUUGCCAAGGUCCAGCUGCUCCGUUCCAGUCCUAGCGCGUGCGCGUUCGUUUAGCCUGUGGUGGUGGUGGUUUUUCCUCUCUAAGGUGUGGGACGGAGCGGGGGCCGCUGCGCGCGGAGCGCGGCGCCGUCACUGGAAGGUACAGUAUUCCUCUUCGGCUGGCUCCGCUAGGGAGCGCCAGCCCUGGGCCCUGCUCCCGGAGGGCCCAAUCAGCUUUGUCUCGUAAAGGCUUGUGAUAUGAACCCUCAAAUAAACACGUAACACUUCGCCUCUGUG